CUUGAAAAUAGAUACUCUUCGCGUAGUAUUUUUGGCGUAAAAUUAAAGGACAUCGGCAUAAAAAAGUAUUAUUCACACGAACAGGAAAGGGUUUUACGACAGUUGUUUUACGACAUCAUCGAUUUACGACUGCUGUCGUUAACAAGCGCGGAAUUUGUAAAAAUCAAUAACAUCACAUUUAUCUGCCCUUUUUACCAACCCUUUCAGUUGGCAAAAUAGUUUUAAAACUAUUUAUUUAUUAGCAGAUUGGGUCCACGCUAAUGCACGUUACAUUGUAAAUUGUGUUUAAGUGAUCAUGAAAAUUGUAAGGUUAAGCUUCGGCAUGUAAACUUAGUUUCAUGGUUGAAGUUUGACAUGAUUUAGCUAGCUUACUCCCAUCAAGCUAACUGACCCUGUGACAGUUUUAUGUUGUGUCAAUCUGUUGGAUCAGUCAAAAUAACAGUUUGUAACAACGCUUCAGGAGUUAUAUUGACUAAUGUUAGCUGGGCACGACGUGUGUGUGUAACGUUAUGACAAGUGUAGCUCCAACGCGCCCUGGCUAGGCUAGGCUAGCUAUGCUGAUACAUCAUCUGACUAGGGCUCUGUUCACAUCCGGACGACCGUUAACGUUACGGCUCCAGGUCCACAGGGGGUUUAGCGUCACCGGACAGAAGAGGACAGAUUCCCCGGGAGACAUGAUCCGGAGGACUCCGAUCAAACGGGUUCUCUGUGUGGCGGAGAAGAAUGACGCGGCCAAAGGCAUCGCGGAGAUCAUGUCUGACGGCAGAGCGAGGAGGAGGGAGGGUCUGUCCGUCUAUAAUAAACUCUAUGAGUAUGAAUACAACCUGUUUGGAAGGAAUGUGACGGUGUGUAUGACGUCAGUUUCAGGUCAUCUGUUGGGUCUGGAGUUCAAGGCUCAGUUCCAGAAAUGGCACAGCUGUAAUCCUGUCCUGUUGUUUGAUGCUGAGGUGGAGAAGUAUUGUCCUGAGAACUUUGUUCAGAUCAAGCGGACCCUAGAGAGAGAGGUGAGUCAGUGCCAGGCGCUUGUCAUCUGGACAGAUUGUGACAGAGAGGGAGAGAACAUCGGCUUUGAGGUGAUAGACGUCUGCAAAGCAGUCAAGCCCGGUGUGCAGGUGUUCCGUGCUCGGUUCUCUGAGAUCACUCCCAACUCUAUCAGGAGGGCAUGUGACACGUUAACGGAACCAGACGGUAACGUCAGUGAUGCUGUGGACGUCCGUCAGGAGCUGGACCUCAGGAUAGGUGCAUCGUUUACCAGGUUCCAGACACUCCGCCUCCAGAAGACCUUCCCCGCCUCGUUAGCCAAUCAGCUGAUCUCGUAUGGCAGUUGUCAGUUCCCUACGCUGGGAUUCGUUGUGGAACGUUUCAAAUCCAUCCAGGCGUUUAUACCGGAGACCUUCUACAAGAUCAGAGUCCUCCAGGAGGUAGAGGAGGAAUCAGUAGAGUUCAGCUGGAAGAGGAACAGACUGUUCAACCACACAGCCUGUCUGGUGAUCUACCAGAUCUGUCUGGAGGAUCCCAUAGCAACCGUCACCUCGGUAACCAGUAAACCCAAAAGCAAGUGGAGGCCACUGCCCCUGGACACAGUGGAAAUGGAGAAGCUGGUUUCCAGGAAGUUGAGAAUCGGCGCCAAAGAGACCAUGAAGAUCGCUGAGAAACUAUACACACAGGGGUUAAUCAGUUAUCCGCGCACAGAGACCAACCUGUUUCCUAAGGACCUGGCCCUGGGCCCCCUGGUGGAGCAUCAGACACACAGUCCCUCCUGGGGGGCCUUCGCUAGGGGGGUGAUGGAGCAGCCAGGGGGACCCAACCCACGGCAGGGCACCAAGACAGAUCAGGCUCACCCCCCUAUACACCCCAUCAAGUACACCAACGCACUACAGGGCAACGAGCAGCGUGUGUAUGAGUUCAUUGUGCGUCACUUCCUGGCGUGCGUAUCCCUUGAUGCCGUGGGGCAGGAAACGGUGGUCGAGGUGGAAAUGGCUCACGAGAGGUUCUCCGCAAACGGCCUCAUGAUCAUCAGGAGGAACUACCUGGACGUGUACCCCUACGACCGCUGGAGCACCAAGGUGAUCCCAGUGUAUGAGCAGGGUAGCCAGUUCCAGCCGUCAGCGAUAGAGAUGCUGGAUGGCCAGACGUCUCCUCCUCAACUCCUCACGGAGGCAGACCUCAUAUCACUGAUGGAGAAACACGGCAUCGGUACGGAUGCCACCCACGCAGAUCACAUUGAGACCAUAAAGAGCCGUAUGUACGUGGGACUAACAGCUGAUCAGAGGUUUCUACCAGGAGAACUUGGGAUGGGACUGGUGGAGGGUUAUAACUCCAUGGGGUAUGAGAUGUCUAAGCCACACCUGCGGGCGGAGCUGGAGGCGGACCUGAAGCUGGUAUCGGAGGGGAGGAAGGACAAACAGAGCGUCUUGAGACACCACAUUCACAAAUACAAGACGGUCUUCGUAGAGUCUGUUAAGAAAGCCAAGAGGUUGGACGAGGCUCUGUCUAUCUAUCUGGGCGCGGCCCAGGAGUUCAGCGAAUCAGAGCAGCAGGAUAUGGAAAUGCCCCUCCCAGUCAGGAAAUGUCCUCAGUGUGGGCGGGACAUGGUGCUGCGGAGGAGGAAGGAGGGGAACGGGAAGUACCUGUCCUGCGUUGGUUACCCAGAAUGCAAGUGUUCCGUGUGGUUUCCGGACACGGUGUUAGAGGUCAACAGAGACGAGUCUGUCUGUCCCACCUGUCAGCCCCGCCCCGUUCACAUGUUAAAGUUGAAGUUCCGACGAGGCAGCCUCCCUCCCAUGAUGCCGCUGGAGUUUGUGGGCUGCAUCGGGUGUGACGAGACACUGAGGGAGGUGCUCAACCUCAAAUACCUCAGAAUGGGUGGAGGGGGUGGCGGGAGGAGGAGGAGGACUGGGGGAGGAAGAGGAGGAGGAGCAGCUGGGGGAGGAAGAGGAGGAGGAGGAAGGGGAGACACUGCAACCAAUCAGCCUAGACCUCGCCCAGCCCCCAGACCGGACCCCCUGUCUCCCCAAGCCCCCAACCCACCCUCCUCGUCCUGGCCCCCUCGCCCUGACCCCCAGGCCCCACCCCCUGACCCCAGAGGUGGUGACGUCACAGUGUGUAACUGCGGGUCGGAGGCGGUCCUCCUCACCGUGAAGAAAGACGGUCCUAACCAGGGCAGACGGUUCUAUAAGUGUUCCUCCGGAGGCUGUAACUUCUUCCUGUGGACCGACACUGACGUUUACCCUCCGGGCCCCCGGGGGGCGCCACCCAGCAGGCCACACCAGCCCCCCGGGACCUCCGUGGGGGAGGUGGUUUGUAACUGCAGUGAGCUAGCGGUUCAGAGGACAGUGCAGAAGGAAGGACCUAACAGAGGAAGAUUGUUCCAUAUCUGUGGGAAGCCCAGAGAUCAACAGUGUGGAUUCUUCCUCUGGGCUGACGAGAACAUCCCACCACCAGGUUCAGGUUCUGGAGGGGGAGACUGGGGGAAGAGGGGGAGGGAGACUGGGGGAGGAGGAGCCCCCCCCACCACCAAACCCCCCGCUACCAGGAAGCCCCGUACCUGUGGCAUCUGUCACAUGCCUGGACACACACGUGUCACCUGCCCUCAGCGCUGACCUUUAACCCCUGAGAUGCUCUGACCCCCCCGUGUGACCUGGUCCCCGACCUCUGAACUCCGAUGUGAUCAGGAAGCUCAAGCGGUUGACGUUUUUGAUAUAAACACACAGAACUAGAAUCAGUUUUACCUUCAACUCGACCCUUAACCCUAAACAUCGGGAGGGGAUCCCAGACGGACCAGAGGUCAGCUUCUAGAGGUGUUAAACCAGGGUUCAUUUGGGACAGGAGUGGAGUGGGACUGGGUUCAUUUGGGACAGGACUAGAGUGGGACUGGGGUUCAUUUGGGACAGGAGUGGAGUGGGACUGGGUUCAUUUGGGACAGGAGAGGAGUGGGACUGGGGUUCAUUUGGGACAGGACUAGAGUGGGACUGGGGUUCAUUUGGGACAGGAGAGGAGUGGGACUGGGUUCAUUUGGGACAGGAGAGGAGUGGGACUGGGGUUCAUUUGGGACAGGAGGGGAGUGGGACUGGGUUCAUUUGGGACAGGACUAGAGUGGGACUGGGGUUCAUUUGGGACAGGAGAGGAGUGGGACUGGGUUCAUUUGGGACAGGACUAGAGUGGGACUGGGGUUCAUUUGGGACAGGAGGGGAGUGGGACUGGGUUCAUUUGGGACAGGACUAGAGUGGGACUGGGGUUCAUUUGGGACAUGAGUGGAGUGGGACUGGGUUCAUUUGGGACAGGAGGGGAGUGGGACUGGGUUCAUUUGGGACAGGACUAGAGUGGGACUGGGGUUCAUUUGGGACAGGAGUGGAGUGGGACUGGGUUAAUUUGGGACAGGAGAGGAGUGGGACUGGGUUCAUUUGGGACAGGAGGGGAGUGGGACUGGGUUCAUUUGGGACAGGACUAGAGUGGACUGGGGUUCAUUUGGGACAGGAGGGGAGUGGGACUGGGUUCAUUUGGGACAGGACUAGAGUGGGACUGGGUUCAUUUGGGACAGGAGUGGAGUGGGACUGGGUUCAUUUGGGACAGGAGAGGAGUGGGACUGGGUUCAUUUGGGACAGGAGGGAACUGGGUUCAUUUGGGACAGGAGGGGACAGGGUUCAUUUGGGACAGGAGGGGACAGGGUUCAUUUGGGACAGGACUAGAGUGGGACUGGGUUCAUUUGGGACAGGACUAGAGUGGGACUGGGUUCAUUUGGGACAGGAGUGGAGUGGGACAGGAGGGGACUGGGUUCAUUUGGGACAGGAGAGGGGACUGGGUUCAUUUGGGACAGGAGAGGAGUGGGACUGGGUUCAUUUGGGACAGGACUGAAGUGGGACUGGGGUUCAUUCUGCCUGUGUCUCUGACCUCUGACAGAGAAACUGCAUUUAAAGGACAUGGAGAAUAGAUGAAUAUUUUACAGAGAAAUAAAAGAAUGGAUUUGAAUGGUAAUUUGUCCCCAAUAUGUAACACUGACAUAAAGAAUAGGAUUGUAAAUCCAGCUGGGAGGAGACAGACGGCAGAAAGGGGAGAUUAAUACUGGUAUUUUUGAAUGUUUAUAUAAAAUCACUGAUCGCAGCAA